AAGAAGAAGAAGAAGAAGAAGCGCCGAAACGUUUCUACCAACAAUACAGAAGAAAACGAUUCAUCAUCGCAGAUGAAAACUGUUCUCUACACGAUACUCUUGUUCUGCGAGAGCAACAGCGGGCGCACGUUGUAAAGUUGUGGCUUUUGCAGAGGGAAUCUCACACGUGCCGUCAUUUGUUGGCGAUUCUCAGACCGACGUCUUCCACACAGACCCGAUGCGUUCCCGAAGAAACAAGAGAGUAGCUGGUGGCAGUGAUGCUGUUGUACAAAACAGAAGCAGAAAACGACGUAAAAUGAUUGGAAAAGACAAGGAAUGGUGCCUCUUCUGUUUUAAUGUGGGUGAGCGAUCCUUGUACAGUGUCCCAAAGUCAUGGGUGUCUUCGUUCAAGAACCUAAAGAAGCCUUUAGGUGGUGGGCGUUAUAAAUUAUUCUACAAGUGUUGGUGGCCAAAAGAAGACAGCAGUGAGGCUACUGCAUCCAAAAUGAAGAUGCUUGUAAGAAAUUGUUCGGAACCUGACUUUGACCAAUGGACACAACGCAGAGGCAAGCCAUUGGGAACAUUCCUGGAAUUAGAGAAGUGUGAGGCAGCACUUGCUAAACGAGAAGGUCUGUCUACAAGUGAAAGUGAAAAUAAUGGAGAGGAGUCCGCAGAGAUCUCGCCACCAGGGAGAGCUCAGGCAAGAAGCCAAGACGAUGUGGCUGAUCAGGAUAAUGAAACGGCAGGUUUGUCAUCUGCAAAAAGACCUGCACCUCAGCUUACGGCACAUCGUCGUUUGGCAAGUGUUUUUGCAGCAGAUGCACAGCUGUCCAAGAUUCCUCGUGUUGAAUUGACGCCAACAGAAGGACGUGGGAGCAUCAUGCAGAUGCUGGGCAUAUUGAUGGCAUGUUUAAUUGACUCAAGUUUGACCCCUUUAUAUUAUACAAUUAUAAAGGGGGGCUGUGGUGGUCUAGCACUAAUGCGCUGCUAAAACACUGGCUGUGUUGCUCUGGUCCCUGUGUCACAGUUUGAACAGUCCCCUUUUAUAUACUGCGCAUGUCAUUUCACACCGUCGGCAGCAAAUUUACAGAUUACUGCCUUGUUUCUGCUUAAAACGGACUUUAGAAUGAUUUAAGAGGUUUUACUUUGUCAUGGUAACAAAGUAAAACCUAUGAUGGUUAAUAAUCACAUUAUUCCCUUUGAUUGAUUUGGGUAUAGAAAGUCUGAGCGCUCCCCUGUCUUUUUUUUCUUUUAUGAAAUAAUGCUGAAUUUAUUUGGAAAUGAUUGUUGUACAAAAGCCUAGAUCUGUCGCUGAGAUGGAUGAUGACUGGAGUGCAGUUAUAAGCAGAAACAAUGUGAAAAUCUGUGAAUCACUGCUGGCGCUCCGAAAUGAAGUAUGCAAAAGGAGACCGCUUUUUAGCAACACCGAGUUCAAAGCCCGUGUUGUGCUGUGUGAUUUGCAGUAUGCGAACUAGGAGACUGUGCAACACUGUGUACGCUGCACAGCCUAACCCCUUUCCAGCUUGACUGGAGAGAUAUAUAUAUAUGAAUGAAUGAAUGAAAACUGUU